AUGGUGCUAGGAGAACUCGGCAGCCGCAUCUCUGGCGCGAUCCAGAGGCUCAACACCGCGACCGUAAUCGACGACAAGGCACUCACGAUUUGCGUGAACGAGAUCACCCACGCACUGCUCCAAGCCGACGUCCAGUUCAAGCUGGUCCAAGCGCUCUCCUCAAACGUAAGGAAAUCGGUGGAGAAGCUCGCGGCCGGGCAUGACAAGAGACAUAUCAUCCAAAAGGCUGUUUUCCAUGAACUCCGUGCCAUGCUUGACGCUGGAAAGCCAUCGUUUACUCCCACAAAAGGAAGAACCAACGUCGUCAUGCUCGUGGGAUUGCAAGGGUGUGGGAAGACCACGACGUGCACCAAGUAUGCUCUUCACUACAGGAAGAAGGGCUUUAAUCCGGCUCUGGUCUGCGCGGACACCUUCCGGGCUGGAGCAUUCGAUCAGCUAAAGCAGAACGCCACGAAGGUGAAGAUCCCCUUCUACGGAAGCUAUACGGAGACAGACCCGGUGGUGAUUGCCCAAGAGGGCGUCAGGAAGUUCGCCGACGCAAAGCACGACUUGAUCAUUCUUGACACUAGUGGAAGACACAAACAAGAGAAUGCGCUGUUUGAGGAGAUGCGCCAGCUUGCCGCUGCUACAAACCCCGACUUGAUCAUUUUCGUCAUGGAUAGCAGCAUUGGGCAAGCUGCGAAUGAUCAAGCACUGGCCUUUAGAGAGAGCGCUAAGGUCGGUGCUGUUAUAAUCACCAAGAUAGAUGGCCAUGCAAAAGGUGGCGGCGCUCUUAGUGCGGUAGCUGCAACAAAAAGCCCUAUAAUUUUCUUGGGAACUGGAGAAAAGGCAGACGCUUUUGAAACUUUCGAGUCCAAAGCUUUUGUCAGCAGAUUACUCGGCAUGGGAGAUAUAGCUGGUUUUGCUAACAAAAUCAAAGAGGUUGUUCCAAGUGAAUUGCAGCCAGAGUUGGUGCAAAAACUGGCGGAUGGAAACAUCAGUUUUAAAUUCUUGUGCGAUCAAAUUGAGAACAUUACUAGCAUGGGAUCUCUAAGUCAGCUCAUGUCCAUGAUUCCAGGAUUCAACAACAUAAAUGUGCAGAGUUUUGACAUUCAACAGUUUAGGAAAUACAGAGUAAUUCUUGACUCUAUGACAAAUGAAGAACGCAACAGCUCCAGUUUGUCGGAAUCUCGUAUACUCCGACUCGCUAAGGGCUCGGGAACCAGUGUUGACAACGUCCAGCAGAUGGUGAAUCAUGUAAAAACAAUGUCCAAACAGAUGAAAGGCCUGAAGCUCAACAAGAAAGGGGACCUCGGCAAAGGAAAGAGUAUGCAAGACUUGAGUAAGAUGCUGCCAGCAAACAUUGUCAAGCAAUUUGGUGGAAUGGGAGGGCUCCAAACUUUGAUGAAGCAAUUGCCAAGAUAG